AACGGAGAAAAAGGAAAAAGGAAGAGAUGAGCGGAGAAUGGAGAGUGGCAAAGGAAAAAGCUAAGAGAAAGCUAAAGGAAAGUGAGAAAAGAGCAAAGAGAAUCAAGGAAAGAGAGGCAAAGAUACGAGAGAGAAGAGAGGAAGAAAGGAGAAGGAGAAGAGAGAAGAGGAUAAUAUGGAGAGGAGUGGAUGGUGAAGAUGCAGAAGAGAGGAGAGACUUAGUAGAAAUUAUCAUGGAGGAUGCUUUAGGCAGGACGGUUGGAGUAAGAGAGAUUGAGGAGAGAAGAGGAGAAGACGGAAGACAGGUUUUGAUUAUGGAAUUAGAGGAUAUAAAGGACAAGAAAGAGAUUCUGAGGAAGAGUAUGGAGAUAAGGGGAGAAUGGGGAAUAGGAUCUGUCCGAUGA